UUUGAGGUUAUGUCUGUUUUUUGUUGUGCUGAAAUGUGAGCACAAACUUAAAUAGUACUAUAAUAAUUAUUUGCUAAGUCGUGAGAGUUAGUUGAAAUGUCGAAUUUGGAAAAUUCAGCUGUUCCAUCAAAAUUUGUGAACAAUGGUUGUGGUCGGGACCAACGUUUCAACUGUGAAAAUAUGGAUCUCGAAGUCUACUCCUGCCCACAUUGCAACUUUUCCACGGAUUUAAAAGUCGUUUUGAAGAAACAUAUCGUAAUUUGUCAUACUGUCAAACGACUAAACAAACGCCCUGUAUUGAAGUACUUGCUCCCCAGUUAUAAAUGUACAUGUUGUUUUUGGACACAUUCCUUGCUCGUUUUUUUGAAACAUACGUUCCACUGUAACCCCAGCCAUACACAAGGAAAACAUAAUUUGACAAGUAAGCACACAUAUGAAGAAAAGAUCAAGUGGUUUAGUUGUGACCAGUGCGAGUUUAAAACAAAGCAGAGACACAAUUUGCAAAAACAUUUGCAGUUCAAACAUUUACAUGAAAUUCCAUGGUUUCAGUGUGAGCAUUGUGCUUUUGGAACUAAAUAUAAGACAGCAUUGAAGUCUCACAUAGAAUAUAAACAUACUCGUGAGGAAUUCGUGAACUGGCACAAGUGUGACAGCUGCGAUUUCAAAACCAAGGCCAAAUAUGUUUUGAAGAGACAUAUAAUAAGGCAGCACACAUCUGAAACAAAGAUUAAGUGGUUUAAUUGUGACCAGUGUGAGUUUAAAACAGAGCAGAGGGACGAUUUGCAAAAACAUUUGCAGUUCAAACAUUUACGUGAAAUUCCAUGGUUUCAGUGUGAGCAUUGUUCCUUUGGAACUAAAUAUAAGGCAGCAUUGAAGUCUCACAUAAAAUUUAAACAUACUCGUGACGAAUUCGUGAACUGGCACAAGUGUGACAGGUGCGAUUUCAAAACCAAGGCAAAACAUGUUUUGAAGAGACAUAUAAUAAAUCAUCACACAUCUGAAACAGAGAUUAAGUGGUUUAGUUGUGACCACUGUGAGUAUAAAACAAAGCACAGAUCCGAUUUGCAAAAACAUUUGCAGUUCAAACAUUUAGGUGAAGUUCCAUGGUUUCGGUGUGAGCAUUGUGCCUAUCGAACUAAAUAUAAGUCAGGAUUGAAGUCACACAUAACAUAUAAACAUACUCGUGACGAAUUUGUGAAAUGGCACAAGUGUGACAGCUGCGAUUUCAAAACCAAGGCAAAAUGUAUUUUGCAGAGACAUACAAUAAGUCAGCACACAUCUGAAACAGAGAUUAAGUGGUUUAAUUGUGACCACUUUGAAGCAUUUACGUGAAAUUCCAUUGUUUCGGUGUGAGCAUUGUGCCUUUGGAGCUAGAUAUAAGGCAGGAUUGAAGUUUCACAUGGAAUCUAAACAUGCUCCUGAAGAAUUCGUGAACUGGCAGAAGUGUGACAGCUGCGAUUUCAAAACCAAGGAAAAACAUAUUUUGAAAAGACACAUGAUAAGUGAGCACACAUCUGAAGAAAAAAUUGCGUGGUUUACUUGUGAUCAGUGUGACUAUAAAACAAAGCAGAGAGACGAUUUGCAAAAUCAUUUGCUGUUCAAACAUUUCAAUGGCUUGUGGUAUGAAUGCGAAUAAUUUAUUCUUGUUAUAAUAAAAUAUUGAAGUUU